AUGUACGUUUUUUCAAUUUCUGGACGUGGUACGGUGGCCACGGGUCGAGUGGAGAGAGGAACUAUUACGAAAGGUGCAGAAAUUGAGAUUGUUGGUAUGGGUACUCCAACAAAAACCAUUUUAACAGGCAUUGAGAUGUUUCACAAAGAACUUGAUAAGGGAAUGGCAGGAGAUAAUAUGGGGGCCUUAUUACGGGGUGUUAAACGAGAGCAAAUUCGAAGAGGACAAGUCAUCGCAGCACCUGGUACAGUGAAAUCACAUAAGAAAUUUCUGGCACAAUUGUAUAUCUUAACAAAAGAAGAAGGGGGAAGGCAUACACCAUUUAUGCAGAAUUAUAGGCCACAGAUGUAUUUUCGUACAUCUGACGUUACGGUAAAUUUAACGUAUCCCAAGGGAACGGAAAACCCAGAAGAAAAAAUGGUCAUGCCAGGUGAUAAUGCCGAAUUAGAAUGUGACCUUGUACAUGACGUUGCGGUCGAGCCCGGGAUGAGGUUUACAGUACGCGAAGGUGGAAAAACUGUUGGGACAGGUGUUAUCACUCAAAUUCUUGAAUAA